AUGAAGAGUCUUCCAGCAACCGCACAGGUUGCUGCACAACAGGGUACAUAUCUGGCUAGAUGCUUUAACAGCAGGGAUCAGUGUGCAGAGAAUCCUGAAGGUCCAAUAAGAUUUGGAAAAUCCGGACGUCAUAAGUUUCGUCCCUUCAGGUAUAAGCAUUUUGGGCAAUUUGCUCCUCUUGGUGGAGAGCAGGCAGCUGCAGAACUUCCUGGAGACUGGGUUUCCAUGGGUCACAGCACUCAAUGGCUCUGGUAUUCUAUAUAUGCAAGCAAACAAGUGAGCUGGCGCACAAGGGUGUUAGUCAUCUCAGAUUGGACAAGAAGAUUCGUCUUUGGUAGAGAUUCUAGUCGUAUAUAAGUCACCAGAAGCAGAUUACAAUAUAUUUUGAGUUGAUAUGUUUCUGUUAUUUCUUGUACCAAAUAUCCAUCAUGUAGUAUUAUGAUGACUUGAAGUUAUAUCUUCAAUUGGAGAGUUUGAGAAUAAAAGCCUCAAGGGAUGACUUUUUUCUCUGCCAAACACAUUAUGCAAUUUCCCAGUUGAAACAUGAAAAUAUUGCAACUGUCAAUAUUAUU